ACUUUGCAUAGGAGAAGCAUUGUUUCUGAUUUAACAUUGUCUCUCUGAUUUCUGUAUAUUAACAUGAAUUAGCUUAGAAUAACUGAAAAGUAUUGAGAACAGACAUUUUGUCAGACUUAGGGCCUUGAAGUGCUCAUGUCUAUCACUGAUUUUCACAAAUUUCCUGAUCCAGUGGCAGUGAGGACACACUUUUGUGGAUAAUGACAGCUAUAGUGUGAUUGUCUGUGUGACUACAGGAUUAGUUGACCCAUAAAUUGAACUGAAAAUCCACCCAGCUAAUAACUUCCUCUCUGGUUCACAGUGGUGGAAGUUCAGGUCUUUUAAAUACUAAUUAUACUAAAGUGUCAAAAGUAAUUACUAGUUAUGCUGAAUGACAGCUGUGUUGGACAAUGACUGCUGAUACUUAUGUACAAGCAGCAUUUUGAUGCUGUGGCUGGUCAAAAAAGAUUUGAACUUCUUUGUACAGUUUGGUAGUGUAAUCAAUGCACUUUAAUGAGAUUAUCAUGUGUUUCAUGUGUGAAAUUUAAAUGGGAAAACUAAAAAGAGGCAAUAUUUGUAGAAAAUCCCUCUGAAAAAGGUGGAAUAAAGUCAGAUAGCACAUGUUAACAUUUAAGUAGCCUACAAAGACAUAACAACCAAACACAAAGAGUAGUUAUUUAUGGUUUAAAUGCCAUAGGCUAUUUUUCCUAACGGUGUUUAAAUUUUCCUUUUGCUUUUGAUAUUUUAGGGGGGAUUUUUUUCCUUUAAGGCGGUGCUGGGUGGAGUUACAGUAACGUGCUCGGGGUGCUGGAUGCAUUUAUAAGGAGAUGUGGAAACCCGCGUCACUCUGACAAAAUGAGUUUCACCUCCCAGCCUUGUUGACAGAGGAGGGAUGUUGCACAUGGUUCAGUUUUGACUGGGGAGUCCGGACUCGUACUAUCACAGAGAGCAUUUUCUUUCUUUGGACGGGAGCAGAUCGCCUGACAGGAGCUUUACGUGAUGGAGAAGUAAUCUGCAUUUUCAUGCAGCUCACCACUGGCUAAAAUGAAGCCGUGAUGGGGGGUUCGACGGAGCUGACUUUUGUUGGAGCUCUACCAAACAGACCUUGAUGAUUUUUACGAACACAGCCACCUUUCUGCCACAGUAUGGCCGGGAGUCAGAAUAACUACUGGGGACAGCAUGACCUGAACAGAGUGUGCUUUGGCCUGAGUGCUGACAUGGAACACAACCUGACGGAGCUUCAACAACAGCAAGUGGCCAAGGAGUUUAACUCCAAUAUACCCCUCCCCCAGUCUCCUUUCUACUCUGAUACUUAUCGCUUGAUGUCUGAUAACAUUUUGCGGUCUCAUGAGGGAGACCAGGUGGUCCCUUCUUCCCAGAGACGGACAGUGUUUGGGGGCCCCCAGAGAGAGGCCAAACCCCUGCCGCCUCUGCCUGACCCUGAGGAGCUCAUGUCGGAUGAAGCAGCUGAUAACGAGGUGGAGUUUUUUACCAGUGACCGACGCCGCCUUUUGCCCAAAAGCUGCCCCAAGGCCAUAUCCAGGAGCAGCAACAGAGACUGUGGCCAAGUAAAUCAUGCCUACCAGGAGAGCUCGGUGGGGGCUGGUGGUGCUGGGAUUGGCUCCAUGGCUUUCUCCUGGCCAGGCAGAGAGGACAGACCAACAGGUAGAGGAGGUGAGUUUGGAGUCAACAACUGGGCACCUGCUCUCCACAGAGAAGACCACCAGCAUGUGGUGUCAGCAGUUGGGGAUCCUUUGUGUAGUAAACAGCCAGACCAACACCAGCCAUCCAGGUUUCGUUUUUCCUUCAUUGGCCCUGCUUUCCAGUCGCACAGCAGCACCACAACCUGCCCUGCUGACAAGCCACAAAUCCCUCCCCGCAUCCCCAUCCCACAAAAACCUCCUGUUCUCUCAAAAACCGUGCGCACUAACGAGGAAGACAAGCCUCCCAAAAUUCCUCCAAGGGUCCCUUUAGUCCCACCCUGCCCACCACGUACCCCAAGCCCUAAAAGCCUUCCAAUUUAUAUCAACGGCGUGAUGCCUGCCACACAGAGUUUUGCUGCUAACCCAAAGUAUGUGAGUAAGGCAUUACAGAGACAGCACAGCGAAAGGUCGCCACCUGCAGCUCAGUUUUCUCCCUGCAUCGUUCCCAUUUUGAAGGACGGCAGGCAGGCCAGCGCCACACACUACAUCCUCCUGCCGCCGGGCCGACCGCCGCACACGGACAGACGAGAGAGACUCCUCAGUGAGCCGGCAAGGAUGGGAAACAGCAGCGUCUGGCAGAACAGAUAACCCUCUCUUAUGUCACUGUGUCUGAAACUUGAUGAAUACAAAACUGUGACUGACAUCAUCAAUAACUGUGUGAUACACAAUACAGAGAGUGUGAAAACAUCCCCAUGCUACAUUUGCAUGUCUAAUGUCAUGUUGGUGUUGUUUUCAAUGACUGAUGUAUUCUAAGAUCACUUACACCAGACCACACUGUGAGGUUUUUGUCCAUUUUUUAACUGAACAUUUUACCAGUCAGUAUUUUAGUGACGUCUCCUCUAGUUCAAACCAGAAAACAUCAUAACAUUCCAGCGUUUUCUCUAACAGUGGAGAAAUGUUUACCUCCGAUAAACAUUUUUGAUUUUGGUUACUGGGAUACUGCAGUUAUCUCACAGGGAAAUGCCUCAUCACUCACUUAUUUUUAAGCCUGACAGCCACUUGCUCAUAUCACUAAAAGAAACUGAGCUAAUACUAUAUUUCUUAGAAGUGAGCAAAUAAUUACUGUCUGUACAAGCUGGGCUUGUGCAUGUAUUUUGUAUGACAAUGCUGCUUUAAAUCCUAAGUAUAAUGUAUUCAUAGAUUUCAUGUGUUGCAGAAUCAUUCUCAAAUUAAGGUAACGAUUUGUGGUAGAUUUGACAUUGAAUGACACGUUUUGAACUACAGUGAUGUUCAACAAUUCACCUGAUAAAACUCUUUCUUCAGUUUCAGUGGAUUCUAGUCAAUUUCAAUGCUUUCAUUGUUUUGUGUGUAAGUGCACUUAAUUUUUGUUAAGCAGCUCUCACAAUGAAAAGGCAGAUCUUUUUAUUCCAAAGUUACACCGAGCUACAGUCUACAUGCAAAAUACUCAUUUGCAUUUGAGACAUUGAUUCAUUCAUUAUAUUAUAAUUUAUAUUAAUGUUAUAAUUUAUUUAAAGCUACAGUCUAUGAUCCAAAUGCAAACAGUUGCCAGAACAUAUGACUGAAACCUGCUGUCACUCUUAAUUUGAUUGACAGGUCCUUUGAUACACAUAUGAAGAACAUUAGCCAACAACUAAGUCAUUAAGGUUUUUUGAUGCUGUUAACAGUUUUACAUCAGCUGUGUUUAUAAACACAUUUGUACAAGAGGCCUUUAUUUUUGAUAACAGUCAGUUGACAAACACUAAAUAUUAAUCAUUAAGGCAAACUGUUUAAUAGUGUAUUUGAUGGUCAAAAAUGUACAGAUUGGACCUUUAUGGAUUUCCUUUGUGUCUGUGUGUGGGCAUGGAAAUGUUACAUGUUACAUGUACACUGUCGAAGUGCAGACCCACAUUUACAGCCUUUGUUACACCAAUGGUUUUGGAAGAUCUCAUGAAGGUUCUGUCAGAUUUGACCUGAGCAAAGCCUGUUUGUAAGUUCAUCAUGUUGUUGUGUCAAAAGUAAAUCAGUGUAAAUUUGUGUUUUUAAUCUAUUUAUAGAAAUAAAAUAACUUAUUCAUUCUAUGAA